UAUGGGAAGCAAAAUUUCUAUUUCUAAGUGUAUUUUAAAAUCAUGCAUAGGCCUACAGUGGCAUAUUAUUUUAUUUCCUGAACUCGCAUGCCGCUUUCCAAGAUAAACAAGAAGUAAUUAAAAAACUAAAUUGUAAGCGCUACAAUUAGAUCUACUAGUUCAUCAUGCCUCUCAAAGGAUUUUUCCGUAAAACCAAAACCUCUACCAGCUCCACAAAAUCAGCAGAGGAAGAAUCUGCUAUGUCUAUAGGGGAGCCUUUUAAUGUAAAAAGAAAUUAUCAUGUGGGUUUUGAUAAAGAAAAGGGAGAAUUUGUUGGACUUCCAGAAUCAUGGGAGCAACUUCUUAGUCACUCUAAUAUAUCAAAAAAAGAGCAAAGAGAAAAUCCUGAGGCAGUUGUUAACUCUCUAAAGACAUAUCAAAAAUCUAUUAAACGUCGUCCCUCUACUGCUAAAUUUAUGGUGCUUGCUACAACUAUACGGGAGUCUGACGAGAUCUUAGAUUCAGCGGAAGAAGACAGAGUAUCUGUAGAUUCAGAGAAGUUGCCUGUGGAUGCGAACAAAAACAAAAGCCUUCCAGACACUAAUGACUCUGUUGAUAGUAUCAAAAUCAAUAACUCUACACAACAUUCUGAAGUAAAUAAACCAUCAGCACCUGAUAAGGAUUCUGAUAUUUCACAAGCUAUUGAUGAUUUGCAAGAUGAAGUAGCUGAGCUGAGAACAGACAAUGAUGACUCUGAGGCACACUUACAGAGGCGGCCAAGAUCACAGAAAAAAACAAUGUCAGAUCAAGAAAUUAAUGAUACACUUAGAAAUAUGUCUAGUCCAGGUAAUGCCCAAGACAAAUAUGAUAUCCAGAAAAAGUUGGGUGCAGGAGCUUCUGGUAUGGUCUGCAUGGCCAGAUGUAAAGAUUCAGAUCAAGUGGUAGCUAUAAAAAUGAUGGACCUCAACAACCAGCCUAAAAAGGAGCUUAUCAUCACAGAAAUUGAAGUCAUGAAACUCUACAGACAUGAGAAUAUUGUCAACUUCCUUGACUGUUACUAUGUUGACAAUGAACUAUGGGUAGUUAUGGAGUAUUUGGAUGGUGGCGCCCUGACAGAUGUAGUUACUGAAACUAUCAUGAAGGAAGGUCAGAUAGCAGCUGUGUGUAGAGAAUGUCUUAAAGCCCUGGAGUUCCUCCACCGCAGAAACAUAAUUCACAGAGACAUCAAGAGUGACAAUGUCCUACUGGGCAUGGUUGGAGCCGUCAAGUUGACAGAUUUUGGAUUUUGUGCACAGCUUAGUGCUGAGAAGGGCAAGAGAGAUACAAUGGUGGGGACACCUUAUUGGAUGGCACCUGAGGUUGUCUCCAGGAAACAAUAUGGCAACAAAGUGGAUAUCUGGAGUCUGGGUAUUAUGAUCAUUGAGAUGUUGGAAGGAGAACCUCCAUAUUUGAAUGAGACUCCACUUAAAGCUAUUUAUCGCAUCGCUACAAAGGGUAAACCAGAAAUCAAAGACGAACACAAACUUUCAGCAGAACUCAAAGAUUUUAUACACAAGUGUCUAGAGGUUGAAGUGGAACAAAGGGCAAACGCCUCCCAACUUCUAGAGCACCCCUUGUUGAAAAAAGCAAUGGCUCUCUCAACCUUACGACCUUUAAUAGCAGCUGCCCGCAAUGCAAUGGGGAAGUCUUAGAAACAUUGACUUAAUAAGAUCUAAACAAUUAUUGCUGUUUUGUUUAUGCACUUUUUUUUUAUAUUCAAUCUUCAUUUUCUUAUUUGUGAUCAUUGAUUGGCUGUACAGAGACUGGUUUUGAAAAAUGGAUCAACAGCUAAUGGUUCGCAAUCUAUAGAGUUUAAAAUCUUGUAGAAACAAGCCAGCAAUGACUGAAUCAUUUCAAUGCAUUUCUCUCUAGCUUAUGUUCACAGGAUGUAUUGCUUUAACCCAAUACAUGCCAAAGAUCUGUACGUUGAGAUAUUAUUUGUAGGGCCUUCAUGUUUGCUUCUUCACUUCAAAUAGCCAGUAUCACUUGCACGUUUUCAUUCAUCUUUCUUUUGUUUUUGUAUGUCAGCUACUCUUUAAAAUCAAAAUGUCCCAACCUUGAGUUUGACAUGUGGUUAAGAAACAAUGAAAUAUGUUGUUUCAUGUGGUAAAAUGUUUUAUUUCAAUUAUUUUCUUGCAUGUGUAUGAAUGGUUUCCGAAAGUUUUAAACUGAUAAAGUUUUGUAAAAGCGCAUGGUGUUAGAACAGAUAUUAACUGCGAUACACCUACAUAUUUAUGAACAAAGUGGAUACUGAAUCACGUAAUUUGUGCACCAGCUUAUGCAUGUACGUUUGUUUCACUGACAUGUUUAUGUUACAUUCCCCAGUGCCUUUAAGACUUCCUACAUGUUUGAAAUGGAAUUAUUCUGUACAGCUUAAUAUGAUUCCAAGCUUUGUUUUUUUGGAACAGCUUCUUUGUUUACACUGUGUGAUUACUGUUAAGAGAACAUUGCUCUUGACACUCUGUAGGUGAUAGCUGAUUCUUGAGUGUGCUGAGUAGAGUUGACUAUUGUGUGAGCAGGUUUUGAUUGGAAUCUAGGGUAAUUAAUGAGUGGUGUGCAGGUUGAUGUUUGGCAUAUGCAUGGGAUUGUGCAGUUCUUGGUUGGCAAAUAGUGAGGUCAUUACAGUGGUCGGCUAUUACACUGUUACUAGCUGGUCAUUGCAGUGGUCAGUCAUUACAGUGGUCAGCUAUUACACUGUUACUAGCUGGUCAUUGCAGUGGUCAGUCAUUACAGUGGUCAGCUAUUACACUGUUACUAGCUGGUCAUUGCAGUGGUCAGUCAUUACAGUGGUCAGCUAUUACACUGUUACUAGCUGGCCAUUGUGGGGUCAGUCAUUACAGUGGUCAGCUAUUACACUGUUACUAGCUGGCCAUUGUGGGGUCAGUCAUUACAGUGGUCAGCUAUUACACUGUUACUAGCUGGCCAUUGUGGGGUCAGUCAUUACAGUGGUCAGCUAUUACACUGUUACUAGCUGGCCAUUGUGAGAUCAGUCAAUACAGUGGUCAGCUAUUACACUGUUACUAGCUGGUCAUUGCAGUGGUCAGUCAUUACAGUGGUCAGCUAUUACACUGUUACUAGCUGGUCAUUGCAGUGGUCAGUCAUUACAGUGGUCAGCUAUUACACUGUUACUAGCUGGCCAUUGUGGGGUCAGUCAUUACAGUGGUUAGCUAUUACACUAUUACUAGCUGUUCACUGUAAAGUCGCUGUUUAGCCACUAAAGUGGUUGAUGGUUUGACAGAUUGCAAUCAUCGUAUAAGAAACAGCUUGGUGUGCAUGUUGUGUCCAGUGCCUUAAAACUUCUUCAGCUGCUGUUCUUAUAGUAUUGGUAAGGACAAAGGUCCUGUGAUAUAUUCUGUCUUAAAAAAAAUUAUUAAAAACAUGAAGUCAGGUAUUUAAAAUGUCUUAGUUUUUAUAAAAAAAACUUUUUGUUUGGCUUCAACUGAAAUUUAUGAUCACAAUAGCAAGUAAGCAUAAAUAAUUUGUUUAGUUUAGAUUUUUUGUUACCUUUUUUUGGUAAUAAAACUUGUUUCAAAGUGUAUUAGACAAAAGUAAUUAAAUUGAAUUAAUGUACAAAAAUAUUUAUAUAUAUAUUGUAUAUUUUAUUUACUCUCAAAUAAAUAUAUUUAAAACUUUU